AUCAUACACCUUCUGCUAUAUAUACCCUCUCUCUCUCUGACAUCAAUUCCAAGCACUUUACUACUCCCUACAAUUGAUUCCAUGGCAGAGCUUGAGAGUCCUUCUGUUAUGCCUAAGUUGAUAUCUUUUCUCUCUUCUCUGCUCAAAAGGGUUGCUGAAUCUAAUGAUCUCAACCACCAACAACAACUCCACCAAAAGAUCUCAGUUUUCCAUGGCUUGACCUGCCCCACCAUCUCCAUUCAGAGCUAUCUCGAGAGAAUUUUCAAGUAUGCAAACUGCAGUCCUUCAUGCUUCAUUGUUGCAUAUGUCUAUCUUGAUCGCUUCACUCAAAGGCAACCCUCCUUGCCUAUCAACUCCUUCAAUGUGCAUCGGUUACUCAUCACCAGUGUUAUGGUGGCUGCAAAAUUCAUGGAUGACUUGUACUACAACAAUGCUUACUAUGCAAAAGUUGGGGGAAUCACUACAAUAGAGAUGAACUUUCUUGAGGUGGACUUCUUAUUUGGCUUGGGUUUCCAUUUAAAUGUAACCCCUGGCACAUUCCAAGCUUACUGUGCACAUCUCCAAAGGGAAAUGUUGCUGAUGCAGCCACUGAAUUUAGCAGAUUCUUCCCUAAGUUUAGGAAAAUCACUAAAGGCACAUUUAUGCUUCAACGAGGAUGAAUCAUCUUCACAUCAAAAGCAACAACAAUUAGCUGUUUGAUUUUCUUGCAUUUUCUCAAUGCAUGUAAUCAGAACUCUAGUUGUAGAUGUAGUGAACCUGUUAUAGAUUUGCAAAUUAAAUCAUUUUGCUCCUUUCUUUGUGUCUUUAAUUAGCUUUUUGUUUUCUGUUUCUGAAUUCUGGUUGAUUAAAUUAUUCGGUAUUGUACAGAGUUACAGAUAAUUGUCUCUUCUUUACAGUCUGGCUAGAUAAGUGUGGUAUUUUAGUUCUUCUGAUAUAA